AUGGCUUUGUCGGAACUCUAUACGAAGUACAACAGAGUGUGGAUACCGGAUGCAGAGCAUGUCUGGAAGUCAGCAGAGAUUCUGAGAGACUUCAAACCUGGAGACGAGGCUUUAGAACUGCAGCUUGACGAUGGCACUGAGAUGGUGUACCCCCUGGACAAAUCCAGUCCUCAGCUCCCUUACCUCCGCAACCCCGAUAUCCUGGUGGGAGAGAAUGAUCUGACAGCUCUCAGCUAUCUCCACGAGCCUGCCGUACUACACAAUCUCAAAGUGCGCUUCGUGGAGUCCAACAUUAUCUACAGCUACUGUGGAAUCAUCCUGGUGGCUGUUAACCCAUACAAGCAGCUUCACAUCUAUGGAGAUGCAGUCCUUCAGGCGUACUCUGGACAGAACAUGGGAGCUAUGGAUCCUCACAUAUUCGCUGUGGCAGAGGAGGCUUACAAACAGAUGUCCAGGAACAAUAAGAACCAGUCUGUUAUAGUGAGUGGUGAGUCUGGAGCGGGCAAGACCGUGUCUGCUAGGUAUGUCAUGAGGUACUUCGCUAUGGUCAGCAAGUCUAGCGGCAAAACACACGUGGAAGACAAAGUUCUGGCAUCCAAUCCAAUAACUGAGGCUAUUGGAAAUGCCAAGACAACCAGGAACGACAACAGCAGUCGCUUUGGGAAGUACACAGAGAUCAGCUUCGACAGGAGAUAUCAGAUCAUCGGUGCCAACAUGAGGACGUAUCUCAUGGAGAAAUCUAGAGUGGUUUCCCAGUCAGAGAACGAGAGAAACUACCACAUCUUCUACCAGAUGUGUGCCUGUGCAGAGCAGUCUGAGUUCAAGAGCCUGAGAUUGUUGAGUGCAGAUGAGUUCAGGUACACCUGCAUGGGCGGGGAGACGGGUAUCGAGGGGGUGGACGACAGGAAAGACAUGGAAGAGACACGCAGGACCUUCUCGCUGUUGGGGUUAACGGAGGACUUCCAGUCGGAUGUGUUCAAGGUGCUGGCUGGGAUUCUACACCUGGGGAAUGUGGAGAUAAGAAACGUCGGAUCAGACAGAUCAUCAGUUAGUUCCAGUGAUCAACACCUAGCUGCUUUCUGUGACCUUCUCGGGGUCAGUCCUGAUGGUGUUACCCGUUGGCUGUGCCAUCGCAGGAUAGCCAUGGUGGCAGAGACGGUGGUGAAGGCGGUGCCCAGUGAACGCGCUGUGAACUCCAGAGAUGCCCUCGCCAAGCAGAUCUAUGCCCACCUGUUCGACUGCGUCAUCCAGAAGAUCAACGCAGCCCUGCAGGUGCCAGGGAAACAGCACUCCUUCAUAGGAGUACUGGACAUCUAUGGGUUUGAAACAUUUGACAUCAACAGUUUUGAACAGUUUUGCAUCAACUAUGCCAAUGAGAAGCUUCAGCAACAAUUCAACUUGCAUGUGUUCAAGCUGGAGCAGGACGAGUACAUGGAAGAGGAUAUUCCCUGGACUCUGAUAGACUUCUAUGAUAACCAGCCGGUCAUUGACCUGAUUGAAGCAAAGAUGGGAAUCCUGGACCUGCUGGAUGAAGAAUGUCUGUUCCCCCAGGGUACAGAUCAGAACUGGCUUCAGAAGCUGUACAACUACCUGGCUGACAACCCUCUGUUUGAGAAGCCCAGGAUGUCCAACAAGGCCUUCGUCAUUCAACAUUUUGCUGACAAGGUAGAGUAUCAAUGCCAGGGUUUUCUAGAGAAGAACAGAGACACAUUGUAUGAAGAGCUGGUGGAUACCAUGAGAACCAGUAAGUUUCCUCUCCUGGCCAACUUCUUCCUGGAGGUGGAGCCAGAUGGGUUGGGCACUAAAGGCAUCAAAGUGAGGCCUGCACAGCCUCGGGUGAAACCAGCCAAUAAGAACCACAGGACCACUGUGGGAGAGAAGUUCAGCAGUUCUCUGUACCUGCUGAUGGAGACUCUGAACGCCACCACCCCUCACUACGUACGCUGCAUCAAGCCCAACGAGGAAAAGAUGCCGUUUGAGUAUGACUCUAAGCGGGUGGUCCAGCAGCUGAGGGCGUGUGGAGUCCUGGAGACCAUUCACAUCAGUGCUCAGAGCUACCCUUCCAGGUGGACAUACAUAGAGUUCUACAGCCGGUACAGUGUACUGAUGAGUCAAGAGGAGCUGGGCCUCAACCACAAGAAACUGGCCUGUAAGACAGUGCUGCAGAGGCUAAUUCAGGACUCAGAUCAGAACAAGUUUGGCCGGACCAAGAUUUUCUUCCGAGCGGGUCAGGUGGCCUACCUGGAGAAGCUUCGAUUGGACCGUCUCCGAAAGGCAUGUCUGACCAUCCAGAAGCACGUGAGGGGGUGGAGCCACAGGAGGAAGUUCCUUCGCAUGAGGGAGGCGGCUAUCGUCCUCCAACAGUACGUCCGUGGACAGCGGCAGAUAUGUAAAACGGUGACAGCUGCAGCGUUGAAACAGGGCUGGGCUUCUGUGGUCAUUCAGAGGUACUGGAGAAGUUAUCUGACCCGACAGAUCUAUAGAAUGGUCCGUUCCUCCUCUAUCAUCAUCCAAGCCUUCGCUAGAGGCUGGAUCGCCAGGAAACGCUACAAAAAGAUGGUGGAGGUGCAGAAAGCACUGAUCUUACAGAAGUAUGCCCGGGCGUGGCUCGCCAGGAGACGCUUCCAGAGCCUGCGCCGCCUGGUACACAACGUACAGCUCUCCUACAGGUGCCAGAAGCUCGGGAAGAAACUGGAAGAUCAGGCCAAAGAGAACCGUGGGCUGUUGGAGAGGCUGACAGGUCUGGCUGGUGCUCACGCCCAAGGUCUAGACAAGCUGCGCUGUCUGGAGGCCCAGCUGGGGAAAUCAGCCACUGAGAAGGCUUCGCUAGACGAGCGAGAGAAGAAGACCAUGAAGACGAUAGCUCAGCUUCAAGAGGAAAAAGACAAAUUAAUCGUUGAAAGGCAGAACUUGGAAAAGAAGUGUGCAGAUUCAACAACAGAGAUGAAAGACAGAUUUUAUCAAAUCAAGACAACUCUGAAAGAAGAUUUGGAACGAGAAGAAAGAUUGAGGAAGAUUGCAGAGAACAACCUUGACCUGCAGAAGAAGGACCAUGAGAAGGAGGUGGAGGUUCUGAGGAAGGAGAACAGGAGGCUGAAGGAGGAGAGAGUUGGCCUACAGAGACAGACAGAGGAGGAGGCGCAGGUCAACACUGAUCUACAGCACCAGGUCAUACAGCUCACCAGGCACGUCAAGGUGAUACCCGAGUUACGUAAAGAUCUUCACAACCUGCAGACCCAGAGAGAUGAUCUGGGCAGGAAGAUGAAGAAUCAGUCAGAACAGGCCAGAGCCAAGAUGAGUGUGAUCACAAGACAACUUCUUUGUGGCAUGGUUGAAGAGGAGGUCAUUUCCAGGUUGACCUCCGACAGUCCAGACCAGAUCUAUGAAGUUGGGAAUUUGUCGACUGCAUUUGAUGGACUGCAGAAAGCUUGCAGAGUGCUGGAGAGACACCAGCAGGAACAGAAGGAGGGCUAUGAAAGCCAGAUGGAGGCGCUGACGUUCAAGGUGGAACACCUGCAGAACCAAAACAAUCAGCUGCAGAAACUGUUCCGGGAGAAAACGUCUGUCAACGACAGCAACAGUCAGGAGGUGGCCAGGCUCAACACUGAAAACAUGGUCAUACCUGAGCUGAAGAAGCAGCUGUCAGAGCUACAACGACAUAAACAGGAGCUGGAAGUUCAACUGGAGGUGCUGGCCAGAAAGAUGACUGAAGAAAGUGAGGAGAUUUCAAAAGAGCUUCAGAUGAAUGUUGAAGAGGGAGGCUCCCAAAGCAGGCUGUUGGAGGAGCAUGCUGAGGAGGUGGAGAGGGAGAAUAAGGAAGUGGAGAGGGAGAAGAAGGAAAAGGUGGAGAUGGAGGAGGUGCUCAGGAAGCAGAAGAACACAGAGAACGAGGCCAAGGCCAGAUUCAGUCAGAAGGCAUCACGACUCACUGCAGAGAACACGGACUUUGAAGAGCAGCUCGACAUGAAGGACAGGUUGAUAAGGAAGCUGCGAAACCAAAUCAAGAGCCUUCAAACAUCCGAGGAAGCCAAUCAAACACCAGCGCCCACUAUUACCAACGAAUACCUUGGCAUGUUGGAAUACAAGAGGGAGGAUGAAGCCAAGCUCAUUCAAUACGUCAUUCUGGACCUGAAGCCCAGAGGAGUUAACAUGAUCCCCAACAUGGCUGCUCAGCUUCUCUUCAUGUGUGUCCGUCACGCUGACUACCUUAACGAUGAAGCCAAGCUCAAGUCUCUCAUGAACGCCAUCAUCAGUGGGGUUAAAAAGGUCAUCACGGAUGACCAAGAAGACUUUGAGCUGCUAUCGUUCUGGCUGUCCAACACGUAUCACAUUCUCAGCUGCCUGAAGCAGUACAGUGGAGAAGAGGAGUUUAUGAAACAGAACUCUCCGCGUCAGAAGAAGAACUGCUUGCAGAAUUUUGACUUGUCUGAACACAGACAGAUCUUCAGUGAUCUGGCCAUCUGUAUCUACCACCAGUUUAUAUCUGUUAUGGAGAAGACUCUUAUGCCUAUGAUCGUUCCCUGUAUGCUGGAGCACGAGAGCCUCCAGGACGUCUCUAGUAUGAAGCCUACAGGUUUCCGUAAGCGUUCCAGCAGCAUCUAUGAGGACCAGGAGAUCUGCACCAUCUACUCUCUCCUCCAGCAGCUCAGUCUGUACCACAGCACUAUGAGUCAGCACGGCAUGGAGGAGGGGCUGGUCAGACAGGCUGUGAAACAGACCUUCUUCCUGGUGGGUGCGGACACACUCAACAACAUCCUGCUACGCAAAGACAUGUGCUCCUGUAGGAAGGGCAUGCAGAUCAGGUGUAACAUCAGUCACCUGGAGGCGUGGCUAAAGGAGAAGGACCUAGUGCAGGGUACCAUGGCUACUCUGAAGCCUCUGUGUCAGGCUGCCUGGCUGCUGCAGGUCAACAAGACCACUGAUGACGACAUCAAAGACAUCACAGAGCAAUGCUCAGAACUCAGCCCUGUACAGAUUGUCAAGAUUUUGAACUCCUACACGCCCACUGAUGAUUUUGAGAAAAGGGUGGCACCGUCGUUCGUCCGCAAAAUUCAGGGCUUGCUCCAAGACCGUGAGGGGGGAUCCUCCCAGCUGAUGCUGGAUACCCAGUAUCGUUUCCAAGUCACCUUCCCCUUCACCCCGUCCUCUCAGGCCCUGGAGCUACUGCAGAUACCAUCCAGCCUCAGACUGGGCUUCCUCACCAGGAUCUAACCUCUAACCCCUGACCUCUGACCCCUUCACCCUGUCCUCUCAGGCCCUGGAGCUACUGGAGAUACCAUCCAGCCUCAGACUGGGCUUCCUCACCAGGAUCUAACCUCUAACCCCUGACCCCUUCACCCUGUCCUCUCAGGCCCUGGAGCUACUGCAGAUACCAUCCAGCCUCAGACUGGGCUUCCUCAUCAGGAUCUAACCCCUGACCUCUGACCCCUUCACCCUGUCCUCUCAGGCCCCGGAGCUACUGCAGAUACCAUCCAGCCUCAGACUGGGCUUCCUCACCAGGAUCUAACCCCUGACCUCUGACCCCUUCACCCUGUCCUCUCAGGCCCUGGAGCUACUGCAGAUACCAUCCAGCCUCAGACUGGGCUUCCUCACCAGGAUCUAACCCCUGACCUCUGACCCAUUCACCCCGUGAAUCUCAGGCCCUGGAGCUACUGCAGAUACCAUCCAGCCUCAGACUGGGCUUCCUCACCAGGAUCUAACCUCUAACCCCUGACCUCUGACCCCUUCACCCUGUCCUCUCAGGCCCUGGAGCUACUGCAGAUACCAUCCAGCCUCAGACUGGGCUUCCUCACCAGGAUCUAACCUCUAACCCCUGACCUCUGACCCCUUCACCCUGUCCUCUCAGGCCCUGGAGCUACUGCAGAUACCAUCCAGCCUCAGACUGGGCUUCCUCACCAGGAUCUAACUUCUAACCCCUGACCUCUGACCCAUUCACCCCGUGAAUCUCAGGCCCUGGAGCUACUGCAGAUACCAUUCAGCCUCAGACGGGGCUUCCUCACCAGGAUCUAACCUCUAACCCCUGACCUCUGACCCCUUCACCCUGUCCUCUCAGGCCCUGGAGCUACUGCAGAUACCAUUCAGCCUCAGACUGGGCUUCCUCACCAGGAUCUAACUUCUAACCCCUGACCUCUGACCCAUUCACCCCGUGAAUCUCAGGCCCUGGAGCUACUGGAGAUACCAUCCAGCCUCAGACUGGGCUUCCUCACCAGGAUCUAACCUCUAACCCCUGACCUCUGACCCCUUCACCCUGUCCUCUCAGGCCCUGGAGCUACUGCAGAUACCAUCCAGCCUCAGACUGGGCUUCCUCACCAGGAUAUAACCUCUAACCCCUGACCUCUGACCCCUUCACCCUGUCCUCUCAGGCCCUGGAGCUACUGCAGAUACCAUUCAGCCUCAGACUGGGCUUCCUCACCAGGAUCUAACCUCUAACCCCUGACCUCUGACCCCUUCACCCCGUGAAUCUCAGGCCCUGGAGCUACUGCAGAUACCAUCCUGCCUCAGACUGGGCUUCCUCACCAGGAUCUAACCCCUGACCUCUGACCCAUUCACCCCGUGAAUCUCAGGCCCUGGAGCUACUGCAGAUACCAUCCUGCCUCAGACUGGGCUUCCUCACCAGGACCUACCUAACCUCUGACCCCUGACUAGAGAAGCGGUCCAGUAACCUAAAGGUGGCUGGUUUUUAAUCCCAGUGAUGACAGGGGAAAAGCUGUCAGAAGAGGAAGUUGCCGCUUUCUACUAGAGUCUCAGGUGGUUCCGACUGCCAUUGUGUCCUUGAGCAAGGCACUCCUAACCAACCAAUCAAUUAAUCAAAUGUAUUUAUGAAGUUCUUUUUACAUCAGCCGAUGUCACAAUGUGCUGUACAGAAACCCAGCCUAAAACCCCCAAACAGCAAUGCAGAUGUAGAUGUAGAAGCACGGUGGCUCCAGGGACGCUGCUCUAAAACCAACCUUUUACAAUCAUCACAGUAAUUAUGGAUCCAAAUACAGUUUGAUAGAAAUAUUAAGAUGACUCCUGACGAAUGUCCGAUGUACAGCAAAAAUGCAGAUGCUGUUGCGGAGUGAUUUUCUAAAUCUUGGUAGUAUAACGAGAAACCUUACUUUCUCAGUUCAGAUGAGAUGACAAAUGUAAACUGUUGUUUUUAAAAAAUAUUGUCUGUGUAAAUUGAGAAUGUGACCACUCAAUGUUAUUGAGUAUCAUGCACAGUAAAUAAAACAUGGCUUGUUUUUUGUUUUUAAGAUACUUUUUGGGGGGGGGGGGGUUAUGCCACAUAUAAGUAUUUCAUAUUUAAAUUAUAAAAUGUGCCUAAAAUUAAUUAUAUGAAUAAAAUAUUGUAUUAGUUGAUAAUGA